GCUGCGAGCCUGUGACGUAUGGCUUUCUAGGGAGGGGAUAGGAAGAAAGUGGUCAACAUCCAAAGCAUCGGAAUAAGGAUUAAAAUUCAGAGGGUGAAACAUUAACGUGUGAGAGUGCAGUCCUUCUUGCCAAGGAAGGAGAGGCAUCAGAGACCAUGAGUGAGAAUGGCCCUCAUACGGAGGCGCCUAUGUACUUUGAGGUGGAGGUGGAUCCUCUGGAGCGGGAUGACGAAGAAGAUGACAAGAUCCACUUUGGCAAAGACGGUGACCUAAUUGCUGAACCUUCGUCAUCCUCUGGUCGGGUCUAUGACCGCACCACGGUCCUCAUUGAGCGGGACCCAAUACGACUGGAUGAGGAGGGAGAAGAGGAGGGUCACUGUGGAGGGGAUGAAGAUGGAGUCACCUUCCUAACAGAGGGAGAAGGUGAUGGAGAUGAGGAGGAGGGAUCGCUGGCCUUUAUGACAGACCCAGAUGGGAUGUCACAGGGUUAUGUGCACCACACAAUUUCUCCUGACCAGAUCCAGUUCACAAUAAAUCCAGGGUCCACCCCAAUGCCACGCAACAUCGAGGGGGCUACACUCACCUUGCACUCUGAGUGCCCAGAGACCAAGCAGAGAGAGGUAAAGCGGUACCAGUGCAUGUUCGAAGGCUGCACAAGGACGUACAGCACAGCAGGAAACUUGCGGACACACCAGAAAACGCAUCGGGGCGAGUACACGUUUGUGUGUAAUCAGCAAGGCUGUGGAAAGGCCUUUCUCACCUCUUACAGCCUUAAGAUCCACGUCCGUGUUCACACCAAGGAGAAGCCAUUCGAGUGUGACGUACAGGGCUGUGAAAAGGCGUUCAACACGCUGUACAGGCUAAAAGCACACCAGAGACUUCACACAGGCAAGACUUUCAACUGUGAAUCAGAGGGAUGCACAAAGUACUUUACCACCCUCAGUGACCUGAGGAAGCACAUUCGCACACACACUGGGGAGAAGCCAUUCCGGUGUGAUCACGAUGGUUGUGGAAAAGCCUUUGCUGCAAGUCAUCACCUAAAAACACAUGUACGGACUCACACAGGGGAGAAGCCAUUCAACUGUCCUAGUGACGGCUGUGAGAAGACUUUUAGCAGCCAGUACAGCUUGAAGAGUCACAUCCGGGGCCACGACAAAGGACAGUCCUUCAGCGUUUCUCUCGCCCAUCCACUCUCUGAAGAUGCAAAUCACUCGCUGUGCCUCAGUGACUUGAGCCUCAUCUCUACAGACUCAGAACUACGAGAGAACAUCCAUAAUGCUCAAAAUUUGGACCUCAACAAUGCCACCCCUGUGAAAAUCUUUGAGCUUAUGUUCCAGAGUCCUGAAAAUAGCAUCAGCCAAGAUGAUGCUCAUCCCAGCGAGAGCCUUGCUGAGCCCUUCAGCUUGGACACUCCCACCCAACCGGGAGUGACAGAAGCCUCCUCUCUCAUCUCUUUCUCUGUCAAUCCUACCUCCUCAUCUUCUUGUUCACAAAACGCUGCAGUCAUGGAGGCUUCUUCCCAGCUCAAUCAGAGCUCUUCCUCCCAGACCUCCACCCCUGCCUCCAUCACUGCAAAUGUUAGCACAACACAGCCUCCUGCUUUCAUGCAGCUCAAUGGGCCUCAGCAGAUCUCAGAUGUGCCACAGGCUUCUGUCCAGCCACAAAACCACGUCACACCCCAGCAAUAUGUGGCACUGCCACCAACAUUCCUACAGCAAGAUAGUACUACCCAGACCACUCCAUUACCACCACCCAUUGCUACGCCUGCUCCUGCCCCUGCACUGACUGCCACAGCACCAGGUCCUGGUCCUGCUGUUGUUGCAGCUACCACAACAGAUGCUCUAGCACCUGUGGCUCAACCUGUGCCUUUGGCCAAUAAUCCUGGUCCAAACUCUGGCCCUGGUCUGGCAACCACCCCUGCCACUAUCACCAUAGCACCCACACAGAACCUGCUGCAGCCCAGCUUGGUCAUGUCUGACCAGAAUCUCCAGUGGAUCCUCAGCAGUGCCACCAACAGCCAGCAGAACCCAGAGCAAGCACCACAUCAAGGAGCUCCAAAAGUGGAAAAGGUUUUCUUUACUACAGCCAUACCAGUGGGAGGUAAUGCUGGUAACUCAGUCCAGCAGAUCGGCCUCAGCCUGCCAGUCAUCAUCAUCAAACAGGAGGAAUCCUGCCAGUGUCAGUGUGCCUGCAGGGACUCUGCUAAAGACAAGAGUGCAAAGAGUGCCUCCUCCAUCGUUUCAGCCCCAGCACAGCAGCAACCACCAGAGCCCCCUCCCCCGCCACUAUCAGAGCCUCAGCACCAUUCAGCAACUUCAUCUUCCUCAUGCUGCCCCCCCAAGUCUUCCUCCAAGGUGGGUGAGGUGACACUGGAGGCCCCCUCUUCUUCUUCCUCCUCCUCCUCCACAGCUCAGACUUUCUCCACAAUAGUGAGCGGCACUGCCGCCAACCCACCCUCAUCUGACGGGUUAGCCAGUAUGGACGUCUCAGACUUCCUCUCCCUGCAGAGCCCUGAGACAGCCGCCAACAUUGAGGCUCUGCUGCUGGUCGCAGAUGACUUCAGCAUGGCUACUGAUGGCAAUCCUUAAAAGAGCUGCCUUCGGAGUCUGGCACCACAUGUUUGUCUGUUGCACCCACUCGCCCACAAGCGUCGAUUCCACCCACACCUCGAGUCACUCUCCGAAGUGAUGCCUCUUCUUUCACCCUAUAUAGCGUGUGCAUUGAAACCCCUCAGUACCUGCAGUGCAUUCUGCUUUGUAUGGCACUGGGACACAUAUAGUAUAUAUACAAAGUAUGUGUAACUUUUCUGUUGAGUCUCAUUGCAGUAGUUGAGUUUUAGCAACUUAAACGCUAAUUAAUGCAGGGAAAAGGCAGUAGAUCCUUUGUUGAAAAGAUAAACUCUUUAUAAUAAUCCUCAUUCUGAAUUGAUUGAAAUGACCAAGUGUUGUCCAAGCACUGAUAAUUUAGAGUUUCAUUGUCCUGGCUUGAAGGUCACACACCUUAGCAGGAAAACAAAACUCGUCUGUCCUUGUACUGUAUUCUCGUACUGUACUACAGGUCCUAACAAAUUCUUUAGGCUGGUAUGCAAAUAACCAUAAUGCACUGUAUAUGAGAGGAUUUUGCUACAAUUUUAAUCAAGCAUUGCUCCCAGCAAAAAUUUAAAGAGCUUGGUCACACAGCUUCCCACGUGGCUGUCUUGUAAUAUGAAGUGAUUUCCUCAGUAUUUUGUUUGUUUUCUAUGAAGACUAGUGCGGUCCAGAUAAUGUGAUGAUUCUUUUUUUACUUUUUUUGAGAACCUGUGAUCAGAUCUGCCUGUCUCUUUAAGCGACAUAACGUCAAUAAGUUGCCUAUAACUUAAACUAACUUAAAAUUGUAUAUGUUAAUUUAUUUAAAUGCCUGAUUCUUUCAAUAUAAUGAUACUAUCAGCUUUGAGAUAGCAGAAAUAAUCUAUUAAUUUAUUCCAAUCACAUGUUGUUUUUUUUAAGUUGAGCUGCUUUUUUGUUACUGAAUUGUUUUACCUUCAUAAGAACGUAGUAAGUAUUGUAAAAAGAGGCACGUGUAGUAGACACAGUCAAGCAAAAUAUCCUCUUGGAUCUGCUUGUUUGCAAAAACUUGCCCACAACUAAACUAUAAGGAACUACUGUCAACAUCCCAUCUUCUUUAGGGUUGUGACCCUCUCAGGGAUGCAUCAAGUCAUAACUGUUCCUGGUUCCCACAAUUUUCUCAGACAUGCAUUUUCCUUGCCGGAUGGCCCACACUUGCAGUAGCCCUACGUUUUUGCUGCACUCUUCCCUGUUUAUUGCACACUAACUUGUAAAGUUGGUUCUGCAUAUCGGUUAGGCUGAUUUGCAGCACCACUACAGAGUUUUUGUAUAAACCUGCUGUAAAGUAGCAUUUAAAAGAUGGUGUCCUGGUGACAGUGUAAAUAUGGUACAUUUUAGUGUAAACAUCUUUGAAAAACUUGUAGAUUAUUCUAGAAUUUGUAUUUUUGUAUAGACUUUUGAAUUGCUAACUCUGAGUUUGAACCUAAUGUAUACUCUCUGUUCAUUCUUCUCCCCGUCACGUUUAUGCAGAAGAUGUUUUUGCUGUGUUUUAGUUGAAUAGUUAUACAAGCCGCUGGGUUUCUGUAUAGUCCACAUUGUAAGAAAAUAUAUGUAAUGCAUAGCCUCUGGCACAGAGUAUAAUUUAACAGUAUUGUUUCGCAUGGGACACAAUGCAAUGAUGAUAGAGUAAAGGCAUUAUGCCCUGUAAAUGACAGUAGAGCUUCUUGGCCUUACAACAAAUUAAUUGUUCUGUAAGCCUCCUUGCCUUGAUAGCCUCUGCUUUAGUAAUCGGCUUGUUGACACUCUGUUUUCACAUUCACCGACUCUCAGGCAGCCACUCCAGCAGCAGAUCACACCAAGGCAAAAGCAUGGGGAUUUUCCAGUUGUGAUAUUGGGAAAGUCUAAUGGGCUUUACCAAUAUAAUAUAAUAAUAUUGCAGCAUUGACUUAAAAAAGAAAUUAAACUCAGCUAUAUAACAGAUGCAGACAUUAUGAUUCUGCUUUUAAUUUCCAAUUUGCAGAAUCAAUCUUUUAAAAAAAAAAAAAAAAAAAAAAGCAAAAUUUGAAUCUGGCUCCUCUUGUGUGUGAUUUAGGAAAUUUAUAGGUGCCACAAGGCAAAUUUCCUCCCAUAAUACAAUAUUAAUUAGAUGUCUGGAGCAUCCAAAUCUGACAUUGACUCCAGUGGAUAUUAAAAUAAUUCCCACAAAGAAAUAAAAAUACCACCGGGAGUCGUACCUAUUCACCAUUAUACAUUUUCAUACAGAUCAUUGGUGAACCUAACUAUGCAAUUUUAAGUGUGGUAUUUACAAGUUCAGUUACUGACUCCAAGAUUAAAUGGUUACUUAUGCCUCCCAUUAAGUAAUAUUUGCUGCAAUAUAGCUUUGAGCUACAGUGCUCCUGUAUAUUUUGCAUUGAAUGGUGUGAAUCUGGACUGUAGUGAAUCCAUGAAGUACUGUUUCACAGCCACCCUAUCGCCUCUGUAAUUGGUUUAAUAUUAGCUGGAUUUGCAUGUUUAAGUAUUUGGCAGUUUUGUUAUUUUAAUCAGAUAUUUUCCGUUUUAAGCUUAAAUAUGUUUAGAAUUCCAUCCAGUUUCAUCAUUUCGCACUUUUGUACGCUUCAGUUUAACAUGUGAAUUAUUGGUUUCUUUCAUUAAACAGAGAAAUUUUGCCUU